GUUUGAGCCCGCAAUCAAAAGCGGUGUCAAUCAUAAACCCUCGUUUUGAUGCAUGCAGAAAAGGAAGAGGCGAAGGAUUAAUUUGUUGAUCACAAAAAUAAUUCAAAGUAUGUUCUUUGGCUUAUGAAAUGCAUGAUCCCAGUGGCGAUGAACUUUUGACUAAGUUGGCUUCGAGUCUUCGACARCAUGAAUCUAACAUUAGGAAUGGAGAAAGCAAACUUUGUUUGACUGGGAAUUCAGUGGUGUUUCUGGAUAAAUGYUUUGACCAGGCACAUUCAGAUCAAGAAAGAUAUGAAGCAGAGAGAUAUUAUUCAAAAUCAUCACAGUCWAGUGUGGAUUUUUUAAGCAACCUCACUAAAGAAGCAAUAUCACUUAAGAUUGUACCUGGCCCAUCUCCACGCUUGGAUAUCUUGUUGAAUAUAUCGCAUUUUAAAAAUUUGCAGUUUCUAGAGAUAAAGAAAAUUCCUCUUGGUUAUAUAACUGGAAUUCAAAGUCUAAGGCAGCAACUGAAAGGAUUGGUUUGCUUUCGUUCUGUAUUUGCUUUAAGUGAAGUGUUUAUUUGCUGUGGAGGUGAUCUCUCCAGCACACCUUUUGCUUGGGAAAGGCUGCAGGAAGUAAACUUAAGCUACAACAGCAUCAACACUAUUGACAACUCUCUGAAAGUUUUACCAGUAUUGGAAGUUUUAAAUUUGAGCCAUAAUAAUAUUGUAUCAGCUGAUGAGGAUGAUGGCUGGCAGUUUCUCUCAGAAUUGAARUAUAUCAAUCUUGGUUAUAAUCAACUGAACAAGGUCCCAUGURCCUCUGCAUUCAAUAUAAAGCAUUCACUCAAAACUCUAAUUCUCAAAAAUAAUGACAUCCAAAAUUUAAAUGGUAUUGAGCAGUUUAAAUUGCUAGAGAUAUUGGAUGUGUCUAACAACUGCAUAACCCUAUUUCAAGAACUGUUUCCUUUAGCACAUUUGGAAAGACUUUUGUGUCUUCAGCUGACUGGUAACCCUGUGUGUUAUUGUGCUGAUUACCGUGUUCGUACUGUUUCCUGYUUAUCACCAUUUCCAAGAAGGAAUGACAUGUUUCUUGAUAAUGAAAAGCUAUCUCCUAUUGAGAAAACAUUUGUAGGAAUCAGUGUUGAUCCUGUGUCUCCAUUAGCCUAUUUAUCAACAAAGUUAAAUGAUGAAGUGUUUGCUGAAACAUCACAGGAUAUGUCAGACCAACCUUUAGUAUCUGGAGCAACAAAGAAAAAGAAGUCCAAGAAAGUGAAGCCAAGGAAUGUUUCCAUWGUGUCGGAUAUUGAGAAUGAGAAUGGUUACUCAAGCUCAGCAGUGUCAUCUCAAGGAGAACUGUUUUUAGACCAUUCCCAAGAUAUAGAACGUCUAGAAGCAGCUAGGAACUUAGGUGGUGAACAUUGGCUGCCAGCUGUCAAUCAUGUUUUACAUGGUCAACAAACAGAACAACAACCAGAAAAGGAUGAAAAAGCUGAAUCAUUYGGGACUUCUCCAUAUUUUGUACAUCAUGAAAAUGUUGUKGUGGACGUCAAUCCUCCUCCAAUUGAAAGGAAAGCAUCCAUUGCAAGUCUCCAUUCAGAUGAUGAACAAGUAGUGGCAGGUAUAAUACAACCAUUCAUUGUCACUCUAAAGAARAUGAGCAGYRCAAAUGGCAGCCACGAAGAUGAUGAAGAGGAUCAUGAUUUGCUUGUUACUGUGACAGAUCACUUUAUCAGAGAAAGAGACUGUGACAAUGGAAAAGUUGUUUGUAAACUGGAAACAGGAAGUCUACUCUCAGCAAAUAUAGAAGAAUCAGAGGAUGGUGAUGUGUUUAUACAUCUUAAGUUUGAUUACUUGAGUCAAGAACGUAAAGAACGUUAUUAUAUCAUGGAUGGCAGGGACAAUUGUGAGCAAUUUCUGGAGCUUCUUCAUCCCUUCAUGAAGUCAAAUGAAAAUGCUAAAAACAUCAUUAUUACAGAACAUCUACAGUGCCUCAAGUGUUCAGCAUACUUCACAGAGAAUGUUACCAAGACUAGUGACCAUAUUUGCCCUGAUUGUGGUAGUACACAGAUAAUUGAGGUUCCUUCUCCUGAUCAAACAGUAAUAAACAAAAGAAAUACUAAUGAGAAACAGAAUGAUACUAACACUGAGCCUCAGAACCAGUCUCCAACCUUUGGUCAAAGUAAUGCAAAGAAUGCAUGGUCCAAUGAGCCUCUGAGCAAAGGUGCAGAUAUCAAUCAACUAGAAAUCUAUAGCCCCCAAAAAGGUUAUAAUAUACAGCAGCCUGGAAACGAAUUAGAAGUGUUCAAUGUCACUGAGAAAAGUCUUGAUAACAACAGUCCAUCUACUAAAGAAGAAUCUCAAGUGAUCAAGAGUGAAACCACAAAGAGUUUUUCUAUCAAUCCAUCACCAGGCUUCAUCAUCAAUAAUGAUGCAAGUUUUAUUGUCAACAAGCAAUUUGUAGCUAAAACAUCAUCACCAACACACACAUCAAGUGUUCUUAGUAAUUCUCUUAAGAAUKCCGAUGCAAUGAAAAGUGAUGUUGCACAAACACAGGAGUCAACUCCUAGACGAUCAAACAUUGUAACAGUGCAAAAACGUUUUAUUGACAGUCCAAUAGCAUUAAAAACAUCAACUCGGCAAACUACAGAUGAUAGUCCACAAUCAAAGACAUCACAGCCUAAUGAUUUAGAUGAUGCUGGGUCGGCUUCUGUAAAAAGUUACCAAAGAAAAAUUUCUAGUAAUCAACCAAGAGUUGCAUCAAGUCCAUCAUCUGCACCCAGUGUCUUCAGGAACCUUUUCAGCAAAUUUGGCACUAAAAUGUCUGGGUCUGAAGUGAAUGGUAAUCCUGUGGAACAAGACUCUUCAAACUGUAAAACUCCUCAAACUAAAUSUAAAUUAAUAUUUGACAUUUCUCCUGAUGAAUUCAAGGACUGCGAUCACAGGCUUAAGUUAUAUUUUGAAGUAUCUUUAUUCUCUGGAGGAGAAAAAGAAUUUCUAAACUGUUUGAUUAAGGCACCUGUUGUCAUUUACGGUGACCUCAAAGAAUCAAGUGCUCUUUUAGUUGUAUCUAAUAUUGCUAUAUACAUUCUUAGACUGGAUGAAAAUGCUGGGUUAAGUGCAAAUGAAUGUUUAUCACUUAUUGGUUUGUACUCAUUAAAAGAUAUUCAGUUUGUUGACUUUGGCUUAAGUUUACAUAGUUUUCGCCUAGAAUUCAAUGGAGAAUCUCCUGGUAGCUAUAAGUUUAUGGUCAGAGAUACAGAACGAUGUAAAAACUUCACUCACUGGUUGCUAAAAUAUGUUAACCUCUAUAAAAAUGAAAAUGGGCUGGCCCCAGUGGUGACAACGAGUAAAAACCUACAAACUCUUGCUCACAUAAGGUCAUAUCUUCUGGGUAUACAACAAGAAGGUGUAACWGAAAUGGGGGAGAGAUAUCAGCAGCAAAUUACACUUUUUACAAAUCCACCUCUCAUUAAGGACAGAAAAAGUUUACUAAGACACUACUCAAAAUGCUUUGUUGCCAAGCAUUUAGUUGACUGGAUGAUUCAUAAUGGAGAGGCUUACACAAGGAAUGAGGCUGUAGAAUUAGUGCAAAUAAGGCUUGUUACUGCUGGAUUAGUGGAGCAUGUAUCAAAGGAAUGCAGAUUUGAGGAUAAAGAACAGUUUUAUAGAUUUUGUUUGGACCAYGACAUAGAGAACAAUGGAAGUGAGAAUGGAGAACAGGAUGGUCAAGCAAAUCAGGAUGCGUUUUGUGAUAUUGAAACACAAAUCAGCACUGCAGUAAUGGCAUAUAAAGUUCUAGAGCCUAAAGUCAAUGGUAUGAUAUUUGAUGCAUUACCUACUAGCUAGGUUACAGCC